AUGUCUUGUACAAAAGAUUUUUUCCGGCUAAGCAUAAUACUUUUUGGCCUAACUUUCAUUAAAGCAGAAGAUCACAUCGUCAGUUCAACAUCAGUAAAUGAUGGCUUAAAAGGUAACUGUUCCUGCGGGGGUUUCCCUACUUCUACGCCUGACGUGAAUAGUGAGCCAUUGCUGUCUCAAUCGCCAGGACUGGUGGUAAACUGUGACGAUGAAGGGGCGACCACUUGCAAGAAUCUUUGUCUUGCUCUUGCUACUGCAACAAAGGCUAAAGGGCCUGAGAUUUUGUGUGCCAGACUUAAAGAUGCCAAAGAACUCAAGUUAUCAGCAUUUUACAAAUUAUGCAGUAAGCCAUGGUCGUACGCGGAUAUGACAGCUGAUGAACCACUAUGUUGCGAAGACUCGAAAGUCGCAAUUUGCCCUUCCACUGAAAGUUCUGGCACUAAUGCUAAAGCGGCGGCAGUU